AUGUCAUGGAACUCUGUUUCUGCUAUUACCCUUGUGAGAUUAGCUUCCAUAGUUGCUGGAGAAAAGGCUAACUCCUACUUAACCACUGCACAUUGUCUCUUGCAGGCAGUCCUCGAGUUGAGGUUGAAAGAACUGGCUGUGGCGGUGCCGCCGUUGAUGUGCUGUGCUGCGGAUAUGAUCUCUGGAAACAAGUUGUGUUGGUUGGUUCUAAGUCUUCUUCAGUCGGUAGACUUCUCAUCUGAUCCGAGGCCAAGCAUCUCUAAAGGCGCACAAGAUUUGGUGCAGAAAAUGCUUGUGCGUGCACCCCAACGGAGAUUAACUGCACAUCAAGUACUGUGUAAGUCAUUCAAGUCAAAGCAUUCGUCUUGA